ACUUCUUUGGCAACUUGCUAGAAUGUCUGUCUACAACAGUCGUUACUAUUAUCUCAACAAAGUAGUACUGUCCAUCGUAGGCCUAUGGCCGUAUCAAUCGCGAUUGGAGGGAAACGUAAUGGCUAUCAUUACGUUGUUGUGUGCUGGCGGUUAUGCGGGCUUAGAGUUGUGGACCCUGAUAGUCGGUAUAACGGAUUUGUCUAUUGUCAUAGAGAAUCUGUCAUCCACAAUGGCAAACAUUUUUGUCAUAGGAAAAUUGGUCAAUAAUUUGUACAAUAAUUACAAAAUGAAGGAUCUUUUGGUUCGUAUCGAAGAAACUUGGAAGAUGAUACCAACAGGCCCAGAGAACGUAAUAUUACGGACCUACGCGGAGGAAAGCAGAAGCUUUACUGUACAUUAUGCAUUGGCAAUGUAUGCCGUAUGGAUUUCUUACUCUACGAUGCCGAUCGUUAGCAGUGGAUUAUACACGUUUUUGCCGACGAACGAAACGUACGAAACCAAAUAUCUGUUUCGCUUGGAACACGUGAUUGAUGUGGAAAAGUACUUUACUCUGUUGAUGCUACUUGCGAUCAUUGGCGUCUUCUACAUAGUAUCGAUAGCGAUAGCAGUUGACAGCAUUUUUGUACUUUGCAUACAGCAUAAUUCCGCAUUGUUUGAGGGAGUACGAUUUAAUAUGGAGCGCAUAAGAUCUUUGGAUUGUGUUCAAGUUGAAGCUCAAUGGAUGCUGAAACCAAACGUAGCAAACGAUGAAGCAUAUCAUAUCAUAAUUGGCUGCAUCAAAUCGUAUAAGGAUGCUUUAAACUUCUUCGAUGUGCUUGCUUCUGCGUAUUCAACAUUUUUUCUACUUCUGUUAGGAAUGGUUAUACUGUGCUUAAGUUUCAGUGUGGCUCAGUUAUUGCUAGUGGACAAUCAAUUGGACGCGAUUAUUAGAAUCGUCGCUCUAAAUGUGGCGGAAGUCUUACAUAUAUAUUAUCUGAGUUUAAUGUCACAACAACUGAUCGACUACAGCAGUGGCAUUCAAGAAGUAAUUUACAACUGCGACUGGUAUGCGAUUUCGCUGAGAUCCAGACAAUUGUUAAAAUUUACUUUAUUGCGCGCUACUAAACCGUGCCAAAUAACGGCUGGAAAGAUGUAUGUAAUGUCGAUGGAGAACUUUGGUUCAAUUAUAAAAGCCUGCAUAUCUUAUGUCACGAUGCUUCUAUCAUUGCAAUAAUUUUUGUACAGAAUGUCGAAGAGGAAUUUAUAAUGAGGCGAUUUGUAAUAAAAGCCUUACAAUAUGUUAAUAGUAAUGAUUAUUUUUUUUAUGUCUAAUGAAAUGAAUAUAUUAUAAUUUCGGCAGUUUUGUAAUUAUUAAAUGUUGUUUCAUAAUAAUAACGAAUACAAUAACGAUUUUAUGUCAUAUUAGUUCUUUUAUACAAAAUAGAAUAUGUAGAUGUAAUGUGUAAAAAACUGGUAAAUAUAUAAUAUAUGCAUAUUUCCUACGCG